AUGUCUCCAGCUUCCAAAUCCAAGUCAAAAGACAGAAAGGCCGGGAAGGAACCUCCCAAGGGCUCCUUAAAGCCUUCCCUUCACAUCAACAGCAGCUCUGGAGCCCCGGCCAGUGGGUACAACCCCCUGUCUGGAACAUUCCACACAUUCGACACCUCGCCCAUCCCCACAUCCAGCCAGCUCCCCACCAACACCCGUUUCCGCAACAUGGAUGAUCCAGAUGACCCCAACCCGUCCCUUAACGGCACUGAGUACGACUCCAUCUCCAACAACGGCAGCUGGUCAGGCGAGUCUGAGGACCACCGUGAGAAACCUCCCCUUCCGCCCCAUCCUCGCCCGGAACUGCCAGUCCCCGGCGCCGACAAUGACAAGCGGGAGAAAAUACGGCUGAAAAACGAGCGGAAGCACCAGCGCCAGAAGGAAAGGCGGGCCCAGGAGCUGCACGAGCGGUGCACCGGCUACCUCAUGUCGAGGAAGCUAGAGGCCCUCUCCCAGCAGCUCGUGUCCAUGGGCUUCCCCCAGGAGCGGGCCAUGAUGGCCCUCAUCCUAAACGAGGGUCGAGUGGAGGAGUCUGUCGCAUGGCUUUUCGAGGAAGACAAUAAUAACAGGCAGGAGGCACAAAGUCUGUAUAAUGGCAGUGGGGGGAAUCUGAAGAUCGACAUCUCGGAAGAGCUGGCCCGCAUAGCCGAGAUGGAGGUUAGGUACAAGGCAUCCAAGCAGGAGGUGGAACGGGCCGUGGUUUCGUGCGAGGGUGACCUCCAGCGGGCGGACGAGAUGCUGCGUUCCCAGAAGGAGGAGGAGCAGCUUCCAGCCAAGCUCGAACAAGGGAUAAUUGGCGAUCCUCCUACCGUGGCCAAUAACGUCAAGCAGCAGCCUGGGCCCCCAGUGAAUCAGAAUCCUAUUAGAAUACAAGCGAAACCCACGGUGCCUGUGGCUGCCCAGCAGAAGAGGGAAGAGAAAGAUUUCAACUACACUAAACCUCCCCCGACGGUGGGUCCCCCAGCUGACCCGGGGACCAAAAACGUGCAGGUGCUGAAGGUUCCACCUAAACCGGACUGGACAAAAUCGCAGCAGGUUCCGGCCCCGACAGAGAAACGGUGGACGGGCGCAAGUGCAAGUGUGGGAUCUCAUAAUAAUAAUAAUACUAACAACACCAACAAUAAUAGUAAUCCGUCUACUUCGUUUCCGCUAUCAUCAUCGCCUUUGCUGGCUUCACUUCCCCCUGCCAAGACAGAGCCGCCUCGUUUCUUAGCUGUUGGGAACGAGUUGAAGAAUUUACAGCUCGGGUCGGUUAAGGAGCCAGUCAUGGUAAUGCAGAGACCUCAACAACCUAUCUCUACUGCAAAGCAAGCUCCACCUCAAUCCUCCAGCACGAGCCUUGGGACGACCGCGGGCUGGUAUUCCAAUACCGUCGAGACAUUGAGGCCCAACAGGCUCGACCCAUCUUUUGCUGUUGCUAGAGCCGUCAACCCCGAGAUUGUGAGCUCAGAUCCAAUGUACAGCCAGUUUCAUUACCAACAACAGCAGCAGCAGCAGUAUGUGUCCAAUAGUAGAGGCCUUGCAGCUGCCUCGUCGCUAGGCCUGUUUUCAGGAGUAGGCACAAAUGGGGGUCCAUCCGGGUCUGUUGACUGGAAAACGGGUGGGUCCAUAUUGCAUUGUGAUUACGCAAACGUGGACUGGAGUUUGGACCGUGGGUUGUUGCCCCAAAGGCCCAAUGGACUGUGGCCCGGGACAAGCUACCCUGUGCAGAAUAAUGGUUAUGGGGUGAGUGACAUCUCCGUCACUCGUGAGGAAGAACAGGCCCUGGGCGGGGACCAAUUCAGCGACCACCGACGAUCAGACACCGGAUUUGCGCUGGGAGACGACCAACAGGAGGGCGAAACCCUAGAGGCGGCCCAUUUUCACGAAUAG